AAAUAACUCAAUCAAUUUCAGUACUUAACGCUCAUUAUUGUGGAAUUUUCUACGGAAGAGGCUCUUUGUUCACAUGCUGCUAAUAUUCUAAUCCUACAUUUACAUUAAUGCCAAAUGAAUGGACAAAGUACAUAAAUUGAAGAGUUGGUCGCUCUAAAAAAACAGAGAUCGAAAGAUGAGUAUGUCUUCAAAGAUUAAUUUGUUCAUCUGUUUGUUCAUUUUUCAUCUGUUGUUUGCUGCUAGUGUUAAGAUAGGAAUCUAUGAGUUAAAGAAAGGAGAUUUCUCAGUUAAGAUCACUGAUUAUGGUGCCAGAAUCAUCUCUGUUCUUCUUCCUGAUAAGAAUGGAAAAAUAGAUGAUGUUGUUCUUGGAUAUGACACCAUCAAUGAAUAUCUGAAUGAUACAAGUUAUUUUGGAGCCACCGUUGGACGAGUAGCUAACCGGAUUGGUGGUGCUCAAUUUACUUUGAAUGGAACCCAUUAUAAGCUUGUUCCCAAUGAAGGCAAAAACAUGUUACAUGGUGGCCCAAAAGGGUUUAGCAAAGUUGUCUGGAAGGUGAGCAAGUACGUGCGAUAUGGUCCAAGUCCUUACAUAACUCUAACCUACUUUAGUGCUGAUGGCGAAGAAGGAUUUCCUGGUGCUGUUCUUGCCUCUGUUACCUUUGCAUUGAAAGAUCCUUACAAACUUAGUGUUGUAUUUAAGGCGAAAGCUCUGAACAAGGCCACUCCAAUUAACCUGUCUCACCACCCUUACUGGAACAUUGGUGGACACACCAGUGGCGAUAUCUUGUCCAAUGUUAUUCAAAUCUUUGGAUCACACAUCACACUAGUUGAUAAAGAACUCAUUCCGACAGGGGAAAUUGCCCCCGUCAAGAACACACCCUAUGAUUUCCUAAAACCCCAUACAGUAGGGAGCAGGAUCAAAAAACUCCAAAAUGGAUAUGACAUCAACUAUGCACUCGACAGCACUGCAAAAAUGAAACCCGUGGGGAGAGUUUAUGAUAAGAAGUCCGGAAGAGUGAUGAAUGUAAAAGCAUCUGCACCUGGUGUUCAAUUCUACACUUCCAAUUGGGAUAAAAGUAAAAAAGGGAAAGGUGGAUUUAUGUAUCCGCCUCAUGCAGCAUUGGCUUUGGAAACUCUAGUAUUUCCAGACGCUGUGAAUCACCCUAAUUUUCCAUCCUCAAUCGUGAAUCCGGGAGAGAGAUACGUCCAUUCAGUGUUGUAUACAUUCUCAAUCAAAAAAUAAUGAGAAUGCUUUCAUUUUUAUUGGUGUCAUCAUCGCUUGUGUCUUUUGAUAAGUUGACAUUUUUGUCAAGGUUGUAAUGUUCUUUAUGAGUAAUUAAACACCCGGCAUUUGACUCAAUAAAAGAUUAGUUUUGUUUUGCA